AUGGCGGAAGUUAGCCAAGAAGCACUAAAUAAGCUUUUAGAUAUGGGAUUCGAAAGAAGCAAAGCAUAUGAAGCCUUAUUGAAAUGUGGUGAUGUGGACCGUGCCGUAGAAUACUAUUUUAAUAUAAAUAGUGGUGAUGAUAUGAUGGCUAAUCUGACGACUCUAAUAGAUCCAUCUCCACAAACUCCAAAUGAGUGGAAUGAGUCUACCACUCCUCGCAAUGAUUCAGAUUCAGAAUUUAAUCAUGCAAUUAAUGUAUCCAUGAACGAACAUAAAGACUACCAAAGAGCAUUAUCGGAAAGUCUUGAAACCCGACCUCAAUCCACAAGUGGAGGUUAUGAAUGUAAAGCUCUUAAUGACAAUGAUCAAAGAACCGAUGAUAGUUUUAAUAAUUGGUCGGAUCCAGUACAGCCAAUGAAACGUAUGAAUCCGCUUGGAUUAAAAUCAAUCACACAUUAUAGUUAUGCCGGUUCAUUGUUCCAAGCAUUAUUUCAUAUACCAAUAUUUCGAUUGUCGAUAUUAGCAUAUCGGCCAACUCGAAAAAGUUGGGGUGAAGUGGAAGGUUAUUGGAAUGGAACUUCGAUGGCUUUACAAGUUGAGGAUGAUCAAAUGACUUCUCAAUCAUCAGACUUCUUACCUCGAUCAUAUACCCUCAAGUUUAUGCAUGAAUGUCAAAAACUUUUCGGGUUUUUGUCUUUGAGUAAAAGAACAUAUGGAGACGCUUUUUUCUUAAUGUCCGCUUUGGAUUAUCAAGAUAAUAAGAUUUGGAAUGAUUGGGAAGCUUCUGUUCAAGAAUUUGUUAAUAAACUACUUAGUGUGAUUGUGCGUUCAUCAACGUUUCGUAACCUUAUUAAACUUGAAUCCGAGAUUCCAGAAACUAUAGAAGAUUUUGGAUUGUUAAAGUCACAUACCAGGAACGAAACCAUUAGGAAAUAUGAUGACUACAAUUAUCAACCUGAAAGAAAGGAUGAAGAAGUUUUGAAAAUCACUCCGAGUUGUAAUACAAUUUAUGCUGCGUUUGAUCGAAAAGUACGAUCUAAAGGAGAGACAAUGCAUAAAUUGUUUUUCACAGAAAUUGCAAAGAUUUUGAUUUUAAACGUGAAACAUUGUGACGGAUAUACUGAUAAUAGUUUCACAUCGUCUUUUGGAAGUUCAGGAUUUCAGUUUCCUAGGGAAUUAUAUAUGGAUCGAUAUAUGUUGAAUAAAGCAGAUGAUGUUGAGAGACGAUGGCAACAAUUGGAGAGUCUUAAGUCAGAACUAGAAAACAUAAACCAGGAUAUUAAAAAAAUAACAGAAUUUCAGGGAAGACAUGAUGGUUCAGAUUUACUCAAAGGUUCGAUUGAUUAUUUUCGUCGUAAAUGCGAUAAAACGAGUGAUAAUGGCGAUAAGGAUGAUAAGGCGCAAAAAAUAUGUUCCUUCUUAGAGGGUGUUUUAGACAAUGUUGAACAGAAGCUUAGAGUCCUCUUGGAGAAAAAGGAUGAAAUAGAUGGAAAAAUUAAGGAUAUAUUUGAUACACCAGAUAUGAAAUCAGUUGUUUAUCGACUCAAGGCUGUUUUAAUGCGUGAUUGUCAGUUUGGACAAGGACGUUCUUAUGCCUAUAUUAGAUGUAAUAAAACUGAACCCAAUUAUUCUAGUAACGAUGAAAAUGGUAGUUGGUGGAAGUUCUGUGAUACGACAGUUUCAGAGACAUCUGAAGAUAAGGUGCUCAAUGAUAUGACAGGAUCUUACGUGAACUCUGGCGUUUAUACUCUUAUCUAUGUUGAUGCUGAUUUCGAUUAUAACGUGCCUGAAAUUAAUGAUGUUAUCGACCCUUCACUUAAGGACUUUGUGGAAAAGGAUAAUCGCGCACUUGAUGAUGUAGUAUUUAGUAAUAAUGAUCAUGUGAAUAUUAUAGACAAUCAAGAUGAAAUUAUGAAUAAUAAUACAGAAGACACUCAUGACGAAUAUAUGAAUAACCAAGGAGAAUGGAAUUCUGAUUCUACAUAUAGUGGCGGUAAUGAAGAAUUAAAUGAUCAAAAAAUUAUGCAAAAGAUUGAUAAUCAAAUUGAAAUUACUAUAAGCCAGGCAGAAAAUAUGGUAUCGAUUCAUCCAAAAAUCAACAAAAGAUUUGAAAUAUUUUGUAUUAAGCUUGAACAAAUUGAUUUGUUUAAAAGCUUAAUGCAUAAAUAUUAUGAUACUAACCAUUUAGAUUUGGGGUGGGAUGAUCCUUCUCCGCUGGAUACUAGAUAUCGAGACGUAUCACCUUAUAAAGAAUAUGUAGAACUCUUUAACAAAUAUAAAAAGAUAACUUUGUAUUUUGUUGAAGGUUUAGAACGUAUUAAGAGUGAUGAAUACAAUCACGCGCUUGUUUACCUUAAGCAUGCAAUAAACCUAGAAAAUGAAUGGAUUAACCAGCUUGUUGUAAAGGACGAAAAUGGAAAUUCAGUAACUCUACAUGGAGAAAAAUUACGACGUUCAAAUGAAAUUGAUGCUUAUGCUAGAGCAUGUUUGAAGAUUAUUUACGAAGGUGUGCUUAAUGCUUUCACAGCUAAAUAUCUUGAUAUUAAAUUUGUUAAGCGAGGACUAGAAGAUGCAUUACGCGCUUUACCUCUUCUUGUGGGAUAUCUUGGAGCAUCAAAUUGUACAGAGGAUGAAUUAUUUAAACAACUUAAAAAUCAAUUAUUUCGUUGUUUAAAUGAACACUGUGAAGAUCAGGAAUUAUUACUCCAAAUAACUGAAAAAUAUAAUCAACCUGAUGAAUCGUUGAAGUUAAAAUCUCUUGAUGAUAGCAAUUUACCUUAUGAUGAAUAUAGUUUGUGUGAACGGUAUAAUACACUUUUGAAAGACUGUAGUAAUACUUUAAAGAAAUAUGAUGUACCAUAUAUUCAAUAA